CAUAUACAGACAUGCACAGCCUCAGGUGGAUAAAGGAAUGCAGCACUGUCUAAACUUGAUGCUGGAUGUAUUGAUAGUAGGAGGAGGUCCUCAUGCUCUGAUUUUGGCUACAUUGCUCUCAAACCCCCAGCAGCAUGCAAGCUCCUCCAAAGAUAACAUUCUUCAAGGGAUACAGCUCAGCAAGAGCAGAUCCAAGACUGGGCGGCCAAAGAGCAAGAAGCGUCCUCCUGGGACAGUGUUGGAGGUGCCUGAACAGUCAGAACCUCCUCCCUGUCCUCCUUUGCACUUCAAGGUGGUGGACUCUUAUGGAGAAUGGACUUCCCUCUGGGAGAGCCAAUUCACUGCCCUCAGUAUCCCUCACCUUCGCUCACACAUGCUGGUGCACACAGAUCCUCUCAAUAAGAAAGCCUUGCAGGAGUUUGUGGUGGCAGAGGAUCGUGUGGCGGAGCUUCACUGUCUUCCCAAUAAGAUCUACAUUCAGGACAAAAAUGCCUUCUUUAAUGAUAACCGUCUGGGUAAGCGAGACAGAAAGCUCCUGAGUGCUGCUGCAGGCCUGCAGAAAAGCCUCUACUUUAGCCUGCCGGGAACUCAGCUCAGCGUGGACUUCUUCAAAGAACAGGUGCACAGGUACAACCUGGAUAAUGUCCUGAUCAAAGGCACUGUGGACAGAAUCACUCCAUUUCUGUCUGAGAAGCAAAAGAAAGUGGAGUUCUUCAGAGUGACUCUAGACACCGGUGACACAGUUGAUGCCAAAAGGGUCAUCAUGGCAACAGGACCCACGAGGGCACAGAUGGCAAAUAUCCCCUCUUGGGUGACUGCCAUUGCAGAGAGCUAUCCAGAAGAGAGGUUGCAGCACACGGUGGAGCUGAUGCAUCUUUAUUCUCGUCAUAAAGUCACAGGCACUCACUUCACAGGGCCUCCUCCUGUGUGCUCUAGGGGUCAGAGAGUGAUGGUGAUUGGUGGAGGCCUGACCAGUGCCCACAUAAUUUCCAUGGCUGUGCAACAAGGUGCAAGUCAUGUGACCUGGGUCCUGCGUAAACACUUACAGCUGAAGCAGUUUGAUGUUGGAGAUGUGGAGAGUCUGAUUGGUCGCUACUCACACGUGGAGCACGGCAUCAAGUUGGAUGGCCUGGCCUACCUGCGGCAGUUCUACAAUGAGAGGAGUCUGCACAGGAGGCUUGCCAUGAUCAAACAGGCCCGCAAAGGAGGAGCAGUCACCCCAGAGGCAUAUGCACACCUGCAGCCUUUCAUUCAGUCAGGACAGCUCAUGGUCAGAACAUACUGCCAGGUCACAGAGGCAAAGUGGUGCUACAAUACUCAGAGUUGGAAGAUUUCACUGUGUGAUGGUGAACAAUGGAAAGGUGACAGGAUCUGGCUUGCAACAGGCUGCAAACUAGAUGUUAACCAUGAUCCCUUACUCUCUGAUGUCAUAAGGGAAGUCCCUAUUCAGGUGCUUGAGGGCUGGCCAUGUAUAUCAGAGUCUCUACAGUGGGCUCCUGGAUGCCCGCUUUACUUGAUGGGACAGUAUGCAGCACUUCAGGUUGGUCCACAUGCUGUGAACCUUGCAGGAGGACAAGCUGCAGGUUUACGCAUUGCCAAGGAUAUCAUAGGUCAACACAGCAGUGAGGAAGAACAUCCAGAAGCUGCCAAAAUGGGAAGGACUGAGGAGUACCUCUCACACAUGCAUGGGCUAAUGUGGCUAUGAUGACCAUCUGCUCCAUCCAAGAAGCCACACAGAUGCCUGAGAAUCUCAGUUUUUUUAAGUUGUGUUGAUACAAAUUUAAUUAAAAGCUUUCAUACU